AACCCAAGUCAAUCACAUUAAGACAAUUCUUUAUGGGGCAAAUGUGUGACAGAAGUUGAAGUGAGUGAGAAAAUCAGGAAAAAUAUGGCUACUAAUAAUUAUUUUGGAUUUACUCACGGUGGAACACAAUAUGGAACUGCUGCUACCGGGGCGGCCUACCCAGUUACCCAGGCAGGGUACAUGCCAGCUACAGUGACGUACAAUGCUCAGCGUCCAGCCGGAUAUGAAACCUAUCAAGCCCCGACGACACAGGGAACCUAUGCGAGUACUGGAACAGCAACUCCAACAUAUGAUUAUGGUUAUGGGCGCCCUGCACAGUCGUACGAUACGUCCAAGACCUACUAUCAGCAAGCUGGGGCAACCACAGCUUAUUCCGGCCAAGCAUAUGACUCAUCGACCACGGCCAAGGUUGCUGGAUACCAGACUACAACCUACGCCCAACCGGCUAGGGCAGCCGCUCAGCCAGCUAAAGUGACUCAGUACGUCACCCAACCUACCUAUACGCAGGCAACAACUACAACAAACUCCACAACCAAGCAGUCUACCGCAACAACAAAUGCUACAACUUACUCCAAUAUUGAUGCUGCUCUCUACAGUGCAGCCGCAACCAUGUAUGUGGCUCAAAAGUCCAAUAAAACUACGACUCCAGGACAGGGCAACUCGUGGCAGUACAAGAAGCCAGGUGUAGGUGGUGCCAAUAAGCAGCGUUUCAAGCAGCCACCAAAGCCACAGCAAUUGCACUACUGUGAAGUGUGCAAGAUUAGCUGUGCCGGACCACAGACCUAUCGUGAACAUCUCGAUGGGCAGAAGCACAAGAAACGCGAGGCCAGUCUCAAAUUGUCGGCUACGGCAGCAAAUAUGGCACAGAAUCGUGGGAAUAGUCUGCAUUGUGAGUUAUGCGAUGUCACAUGUACGGGCUUUGAUGCCUAUGCUGCCCAUGUGCGUGGCUCUAAGCACCAGAAAGUGGUGAAAUUACACCAGAAGCUGGGUAAGCCAAUUCCCUCCACGGAUCCAUUGACCAAGAAGCCGGCAAAGGUGAAUUUUGUACCAGCUGGUACAGUAGAGAAGGAGGGUGGUGAGGCUGUUGCUCCUGGAACAACCGGAACAGAGAGUCAGGAAGAAGAAAGCACCAUCCAUAUGCCCGUGGACGAUGUGAAGCCUGUUGGGGUUGAGUAUAUUGAAGAGAUUAAGGAUGACGAUGGGAAGAUAUUGAGUUUCAAUUGCAAACUCUGUGAGUGCAAGUUUAAUGAUCCAAAUGCCAAGGAGAUGCACAUGAAGGGACGUCGUCAUCGGUUGCAGUACAAGAAGAAGGUACAACCGGAUCUUGUUGUGGACAUUAAACCAUCGCCAAGGCGUCAGAAGAUUGCCGAGGCAAAGGCACAGAGGGCUGCAAUGCAAGAGGAGUACUGGAAUCGUCGUCGUAUGGCUGAUGCUGAUCUGGAGGAUGAUGAGAGGAUCUACUGGGAGGAACGUCGUCGUUUUGAGGAGGAAUUUGACUAUAUGAAUUGGAUGCAGCGUGGAUUCCCAGGAGUUGGACCACGUGGACCUCAUAUGGGACGCGGUGGACCACCAAUUGGACAUCCCUUCUUUGGGGGAAUUAUGUCCGGGCGUCGUCCUGAGAGUUCAGAUGAUCGUCACGUUGUGGCGAGACAUGCAGAAAUUUAUCCGAAGGAGGAGGAAUUGCAGACAAUUCAGCGUAUUGUUUCGCACACGGAGAGGGCUCUCAAGUAUGUGUCGGAUGCCCUGGCUGACACGGGAAAGGGAACAAAUGCCAAGGCUGGUGAUGGGGCACAGCAGAAGGCAAAUGUUGAUUGCAAGAAUGAACCGUCAAAGAAGGAGGAUGGACGUGACAACCAAAUGUUUUCCUUCCAAAAGGACGCCGAGGGAUCUGUGCGUGUCCUCAAGGGGGUCAUGCGUGUGGGAUUAUUGGCUAAAGGUCUUCUACUACAGGGUGACACACUCGUGCAACUUGUAGUGCUAUGCGCUGAAAAACCCACAACAUUGCUGCUCAAGAAGGUGGCAAAUGAGCUACCGGUUCAGCUGAAGAAGGUGUACGAAGAGCAUUCGUACACCGUGACCAUGGCCCCAGUUGAGGGUGCUGUACUUGUAAGUGAUGGACAGAUAACUGUGAAGGUGUCACUCACAUCGCCACUACUCCGUGAGCCAGAUAUGAACAAUGCAACUGCCACUGAACAACCGGUUCAGAAUACAGAAGAUCUUCUGCCACGCGAACCCUGUCUGCAGGCUCUUGCCGCAUUGAGGCAUGCAAAAUGGUUCCAGGCCAGAGCUACAGGAUUACAAUCGUGUGUUAUGGUUAUGAGAGUCCUCCGUGAUUUGUGCCAGCGCACUCCAAUGUGGUCUCCACUUAGCCAAUGGGCAAUGGAAUUGUUUACGGAGAAAGUAAUCUCUUCGGCGAGUAUCCCACUGAGUCCGGGUGAUUGUAUAAGGCGUGUGAUGGAGGCUGCUGCCUCGGGACUCUUCAUAAAUGGCCCGGGGAUUAUGGAUCCGUGCGAAAAGGAGCCGCACGAUGCAUUCAGUGGGCUCAGCAAGCAGCAGAGGGAGGACCUCACAUCAUCAGCUCAAACAUUUCUACGCUACGUUGCAUUUCGGCAAAUUCACAAGGUUCUGGGGAUGGAUCCGCUGCCACAGCCGAAGUUUGUACCACGUCAGUGGCGCUUCAACCGCAAGCGUAGGCGUUCUGGCACAGAUGGAGCUGAGAAUGAAGGUGAUCAAGUUUCUUCAACUGAUGGCAAGAUGGUGAAGAAGGAUGAGGGUGUUGUAGGCGAUAAGAUGGAUUCAGAGUCCAUGAAGUAGAGAGGAUUGGCUUUACGCACUCCAAUAGACGCGUAAAAGUUUAUAAAUUUAACCACAAUUUGAAUUUUAAAUUAUGUAUUGAAUGAAAUAUAAAAUUUAGAAAUAUAUAGAUUUCAAUUGAGGGUC